CCACCUUCAGCAACAAGAUCUUCCUUUCAGACCUUUCUACCUUUUCUACUUAUUUUACGUUAUUUAAUAUUUGCGCUACGAAACUUCUUAAGAAGUCUCUAAAAUUUUUCCUCCUGCUCAUAAUUGUCCAGGUCAACGCUUCCAUAUACAUAGUGAUUGGACAUUGAAAUCAGAAAAGAAAAUAGUGGAUGAAUCUGGUCUUGUAACAUAUUAGCCUUUAUCAUCAAGAGAGAUAUAGUUAUGCAACAAGAAGAGGAAAAUCUGAAGGAUCCCUGUGGUGAAGAAAAAGAAGGAGAAGAAGAAGAAGAUGAAGAAAGGAAGAAGGGUAGUGUCUGGUGUGGUUGUAUCUGCAUCCCUGUGCAUUGGUUUAAGAUGCUAUCAAGGGAAAUGCAUUGGAGCUUUGUGUUUGGUGUGAUAAUAGUUUAUGGAGUGAGUCAAGGACUUGGUGGAGGCCUUUCUGGUGUUGGAACAAAGUAUUACAUGAAAGAUGUUCAGAAAGUGCAGCCAUCACAAGCACAGGUUUAUGCAGGAAUCACUUCCAUUCCUUGGAUUGUUAAGCCUUUGUGGGGUCUUCUUACUGAUGUUCUUCCCAUUCUCGGAUAUCGCAGGCGACCUUAUUUCAUUUUUGCUGGUUUCAUAGGAGUGAUUAGCAUGGUUCUAUUAUCUUUGCAUGAAAACCUGCACAUUAUGUUGGCCAUUUUGGCAUUAACUGCUAGUAGUACUGGUGUGGCUAUAGCUGAUGUUACCAUUGAUGCUUGUGUGGCACAGAACAGUAUCACCCAUCCUUCACUGGCCGCCGACAUGCAAAGUUUAUGCGCCUUCAGUAGUUCUGUAGGAGCAUUAUUAGGAUUCUCCAUCGGUGGUAUCUUUGUUCAUCUCAUAGGCCCUAUGGGGGUGUUUGGUUUGAUGACAAUCCCUUCUGGACUUUUAAUUUUGCUUGGGUUUAUGCUUGAUGAGCCUUAUAUGCCUAACUUUGCCUACAAACAGGUGAACCAAAAGUUUGUUGAUGCUAGCAAGUCUAUGUGGACAACAUUGAAGAAGGAUGAUGUAUGGAAGCCUUGUUUAUACAUGUAUUUAUCAUAUGCUUUGAGUCUGAAUAUCUUUGAAGGAUUGUUCUAUUGGUAUACAGAUCCAAAAGCUGGGCCAUCUUUCUCUCAGGAGACAGUUGGUUUCAUAUUCUCAAUUGGUUCAGUUGGGGCCCUUUUAGGUGCAUUACUAUAUCAGUAUGCAUUAAAGGAUUAUGCAUUCAGAGACCUCCUCUUCUGGACUCAGCUAAUAUAUGCAUUAUCAGGCAUGGUAGAUUUGAUUAUGGUGUUGAGAUUGAACCUCAAGUUUGGUAUACCAGAUUACUUGUUUGUAAUGAUAGUUGAUAGUGUUGCUCAAAUGACUACUAGACUCAAAUGGAUGCCCAUGCUUGUACUCAGUGCAAAGCUUUGCCCUUCAGGUAUUGAAGGCACAUUCUUUGCAUUAUUAAUGUCCAUUGAUAACUUUGGAGUGCUAUCUUCUUCAUGGGGUGGAGGACUUUUGCUUCACUUGUUUAAGAUUACAAGAACAGAGUUUCAUAAUCUUUGGUUAGCUAUUUUGCUGAGGAACAUCUUAAGGAUCACACCACUUUGCUUGCUUUUUUUGGUGCCUAAAGCUGAUCCUAACUCUUCCAUUCUUGCAACAAGUGAAAGCUUGGAUUCAGAAGUGGUUAUUGAAACUUCUGAAAUGGAGAAUAAUAUUGAAUUGGUUUCACUUGUGAACAAUGUUGAUGCCAUGUAGCAAAGCAAUAAUAAAUCUAAGAAACAUUCUUUCAGAUUCGCAAUCUCCAUUACACACAAAUGAUCAAGCCAAUGUUGUAGCAAUAUUUUUAGAGAAGUGACAAGAAAUUGAGAAUCCUUCAAGUGAAUUUUGUACUU